UUUACAACGAGACAGUAAGUGCUCUGUUCAGUAAGAUAGAACCAGUUGCUCCGGACUAUCGGGAAAUAAUAGGCUCGAGAACUACCCGAUUCUGCACAGAUCGUCGCAAAAUAUGGACGACGAAACAGUUGUUAUCAUAUUAACCAUACUAAUCGCCGUCCUGGUGGUUAUUGGCCUAAUAUUUGGGUAUUUUUACCGUCGCUGGAAACGCAGGUCACAACAACUCCAAGAUAUUCAUCGUCCGGGGUGCAGAAGUGUUUAUCAAGAUGUUUUUAGUACUAAUAGUUCACAAGAAAUCAGUGGCACUCAUCGUUCCCACGUUCCGGAGGCUCGAAGAGUUUAUCAAGAUAUUUCCCCCCUGUCUGGAUUGGAACAUGGGCGUGAAUUACCAAGUUCAACACGGCAGCAGAGCGAUUCUUCAAGACGAAAUUACGAACACCCUAGCUACGCAAAUGUAAUGAAACUCACGCAAGUUGCGCCUGCGAGAGGUGGUUCCUCAGCUCAAAGCCAAUUUUCAAGAGGAACUUCUGAAGAUGAUCCUUUUCGUAUGGAUGGGUGGGGACACAUGCAAGUUUCUGAACCUAUCGUACGCGGUCGACCAUCACCGCAAAGGUUCGACGCGGUUAACGAGCUGGUAGAGUUAAGGGUUCAAAUAUUUAAUACGGCGUACUAUGACCACGAGCAUAUGAAGGAUUCCUACGAAUCCGACUCGGACUCUGAUUCUUUCGACAGUAUCGUGCAACAGGCGUAUGAAGCCAAGAAAUCGACGGGAAACGAGAUUUUAAGAAAAAUUCAAAAUGAUCUCGUCCUAGAUAAGGAACUAAAUCUUGCCAUAUCGGUUGAGGAAAGUAAUAUAAUAAUCGGAGUAGACGCCACACCACACAAUAUUGGAGGUUAUUUCAUAAAUCUAGCGCAAAAAAGGGGAGAAUUCUAUUCUUUUCCUGUCGACAAGUUACCCUGGACCCUAACCCCGAUACAAAACAAGGCAGGAAAUCCGGCCGAAUUUGAAAUGAAAAACUUAAUUUUUGCUCUCUACUUAUGGAAGAAUGAGCUCCCCCAGAAUUCUUCCAAAGUGAUCGUCUUCACAGAUAAUUUCGACUAUUAUAAAAAGCAAACACCGUAUGGACUCCGAGCACACAGAUUUGUUCGACAUUUACAAAAUUGCGAAGGAAUUCAGAUCCAAGUCAGAGUUAAAGGAACGAACGAGGCGGAUAUUGAAGAUCACGCGAAAUUUGUUAAACCCGCGGACGACUUCUCACGAAAGAGGUUUAAAGAAGGACGGGAUUUUUUGGUGUACUAUUUUGGCGUGACCAGAGACAACUUAACGGGUUCUCACGACCCUCCACUUAAGGGGACACACUUUAAAGAAUCUACAAAGGCGAAAGAACAAUUGAAACGGAUGAAGGCAAAUCAUUCCACGUUUAAGCACAUGCAGUGCGAAAGCUGUAAGUUUGAAGAAGACAGUCCCUCUCUCCAUUCCGUCGUGAUCAAUUAAGAUUAAUACCAUAAUCUGUGGUCCUGAUUUAAUCUUUACAGCUCCAGUGUCAUGUGAUGUGUUAUAAGAAAAGUUUAUACAUACACAUUUAUCUAAUUACUGUAAUAUUUAAUUCUGGGGGGUGUAAUUAUUACAAAUAAGUAUAAUUAUAACUUCAUAAAAUAAUUCUGAUUCUGUUGUCCACAUUUUUUUGUAAUUGUCGACUUCUUGUCAUAUAUACUUGAUUAGAUAUGCAGAUGUACAAUUUGGGACAAAUUUUGUUAUACAAAAAAUAAUAUUAGGUAAUAAGUUAUACAAAAAUGCUCAUAAUUUUUUUAUGCCGAUAUUCUAUUCUUUCUUGCUGCUUCUCAUAAAAUGUUACAGAAAUGACGAGCAAUUUAACAGCUUUAUUUUUGAGCCCUACAUCUCGCAUUAGGCGUCGUCCGUAAAUUAUGUAACGCGAAAGGGGGGGGGGGGUAUGGCCAGUGCGUGACAAAAUGGUCGUGGUCAUGAAUAAUGUAAAUUAGAGGAAUUAAUUUGAAUAAAUGUUAACAA